GACAACAAGAGUAGAAGUAUGAACGAGAUGUGAUGAUUUCUGUGUUUUGAUCACGAAAUACUGUUGAGAUUAGUGCAAAUAUUAAAAUAAGUUAUUUCUAUAAUGUGGUGACAAAUUUUCCUGUAGUGAAAGAGUGUUUCAUAUUUACUAAAUAGUUAUAUUUCGUAGGAAAGCUCCGACUUUGCUCCAAUUUAGCUUGUAAUCAUUUACAAGUGUUUGUUGAUCGAUUAUUGACACGAUAUUAUUAAGUUAGCUCUUAAUUUCGAACGAAUUAACGAAAAUGGGUGAGAAAGAAGAUUAUUUGACGUCGUACCGAGUGUUUUUUGAAAACUUUGCGGCUACUGUUAACCCAGAGGACCAGUUGCCUGUGCAUAUCGCAGGGUAUACCAUCACGGAAUCGGAACUACCCGGUGAAGUUCUCUACUGGACGACUCAAUAUCUGAGUGAAAAACAAUGUCCUCUAACACUGAUGACACCGCUGCGGCGGAUUAUUCUUGACGAGGUGCGAGUAGCAUCGAAGAAACAACCCAAUGAAUUUGGGUACAAAUCUGACGAAUCAGUGUACAUAGCCCUUCGGUUGAUGCAAGCAGUGACUGCUCGCGUCAACGACGUCUGCCUCCGGUACUUAGACAACUCGAAAUUGGACACCCUGCCACCCCCACCGCCUCUCGACCAACGCGACCUAAAGACUGUAUCAUGUGCCACCAAGAAUUCACGACGCGUCAUGGAAGACCGACAUGUGGAAAUCGGAAAUUUAGAAGCGCUUUUUGGAAUUGAUGCGACAGAAUCGACUAGCUUCUAUGCAGUGUAUGACGGGCACGCCGGCUCAGCGGCGGCGACGUACUGCGCAGCGCACCUACACCAGUACCUGGUAGAAAGUCCACACUUCACCACCGACCUCCGUAGAGCCAUGAGGGACGCCUUCCUCAGGACAGAUGCAGAGUUCAUACGGAAGAGUAAUCAGGAGCGCGCGUGCGGCGGCAGCACGGCGGUGGCGGUGUCGGUCCGCGGGCGGCGGCUGCUGGCGGCGUGGGCGGGGGACUCGCUGGCGCUGCUCGCCAAGCGCAUGCGGCUCAUGCAGCUGGUCCGCCCGCACAAACCCGGCCGACAGGAUGAAAGAGACAGAAUAGAAUCAUCAGGCGGCACUGUAAUGUACUGGGGUACUUGGAGAGUUAACGGACAGUUGGCGGUCUCUAGAGCAAUCGGUGACGCACAAUACAAGCCCUACGUGACGGCGCGGCCGGAGAUCGCGACGGUGGAACUAGAUGGAGACGAAGACUUUGUGGUGGUGGCCUGUGAUGGUCUGUGGGACUUCGUCAGUGAAGAUGACGUAGCCCUUGCAGUGUACAGACAGCUGGCGGCUGAUCCCGAUGACUUGAAGGCGGUGACGAAGCGUCUGAUCGUGCAGGCCAAGCGGCAGGGCUCCGCCGACAAUAUCUCCAUCAUCGUGGUGUUCUUGAAGGACCCGCGUGACAUAGCCGCAGACAACCGCCCGCCCAUGGAUCUUGGGCUGGACAACGCGAUGAUGAACGCUCCGCCGUUCACCAUCGAGACAGAGGCGUGCCGGCGUCAAGUAGACGCUGCCGCGGCCGCCGCAGCAGCCGAGGCCGAGGAGUGCGCGGAGGCCGAAGCUGAGGCUAUAGCCGGAGACAACGGAGUGGACAACUCCGACAGUGACAGCGAGGACCUCGGUCCCGAGACUGCUGUGGACAUUGACGCAGAUGACGUAGACGCAGAUGCAAGGAAUCAGGAACCACAAGCGCCCACUCCGCCUGCACACGCCGUGGAGGAGGGCCACGUUGACGGGUCUGUAGCGGAUAAUGUAGCUGAGAGUGGCGAAGACUCCGAAGACGAGUGGAACUACUUCAAAGGCGAGGGUGAACGCGAAGAACAUCCUAGCGAGGAACCCGACGAGGUGCCACACUCCGAGACACCCUGCCAGGAUAAUUCGGCUUGGGAAAGCAGCUCAGUAGACAUGAACAGCUCUCCAUUGAAUCCUGACGCCCCUGUGUUCAUACCAGGGAGCGUGGCUGGUGCUGACGUCUUGCUUGCAGAGUCACCUCGGAAACCAUUACCGAUGGAUGACAUAGAGCUACCAGACGAGGCACAGUUUGACACAGGAGCUGUAGUGAGGCCAGCAGAAUUAUUAGACUUGGAUAACUGUGAUCAGCUUAAUGGCCAUCAUAAUGUAUCACUAGACGAAGCCGUUAAAGAACACUUGAAUGGCAAUGAAAAGUGUAACAUGGACAGUUUGGGCUUUGGAUUCAAUGUUGGCAUUGAACCUGAUAAAGUCAAGGAUAGUGGUCUCAUACAGGACUUUGAGCGAAUACAAAAAGACACUACUGACUUUUGUAAUAUUCAGGUAUUUCAAACACACACAGAAACCAAUCCCUUUGCUGUUGAAGUUGAGGGCAAUGAAGAACUAUUUGAAAGGUUGAAAAAUAAAGAAAGGGAUCCAAUGAGUAUGAGCUUCUACCAAGAAAAAGAUGAUGACACUUGUGAGAGACUUGCCAAGGAGUCACAUGUGGAUCUGAAUGCUGUACAGCCCUUACCUGACAGUGAUGAUGAAGAUUUCCAAACAAAUGGUGUCUAUGAAAACGACAAAGAAAAUAUCAGCCCAGACCAAGAAACUAACUUAUCUGAACUUGAAAGAGACCUCCUAGAACCAAACAAUGAUAUUAUGAGGUUUGAUGACCGACCUGGUCCUCCACAAAACAUUGGUAACUUUGAUCAAGGAAGUAAUUUUGCAGAUUACAACGUCACUAGCUCUAACAACAUUGAAAGCUUUGCACAUAUUGAAUUUGAAUCAAGUAAUAUCAAUCAAGAAACUGUUAUGCAAACAGACACUCCUGAAUCUCACAAGUUGCUCUUUGAACAAAUACCUGAAAUACCUGAUGGCAAGAGUUCAGAAUUAGGAUUUACAAAUGAUGAGACACAAGACCCCUCAGAGAGUGAGAAAGACAUCCGACCUUUCACACCUCAAGAUGAGACAUCACAAGACAUUGAAAUGGAAAGCAAACUUGAAGAUUCACCUUGUGUAGAAACUGAACCACAGUUGCACAAUGAUGACAUGAAGGAUGAUGAUCAAGUAGAAUCUCACCACUUGCUUGAAACAGAGCAAGUGGCUUCUCCUGUACCUACAGACAUUCAAGAAGCACUUUCUACUGAGCAGCUUCCAGUAUCUCCAGCACCUAUUGAGGAAUCUAAACCUGAAAAAGCAGUGUCACCAGUGCCAGUUACAGAUAUUGAUGAAGUUGUUGCAGUGGAACAUGUUGAAGAACCUAAAUCCGAGGAACCAAUUAGUGAACAAGUCAACACUGAAAUAGAAGCCAAUGUUAAUGUUGAUGAGGGCAUUGAAAGAAGUGAAACCGAGGCUGUUCUUGAAGCUCCUGAAAUUAAACUCGAUACUGAGCACCUAACAUCGGAUGUUUCCCACGCUGUUGAAGAUAAUAUUACUGCAGAGUCUCCUUUGCCAUCCAAAUCGCCACUUCCAGCCGAGACUCUUCUCCCCAGUGAGUCUCCAUUACCCACGGAGUCCCCUCUACCUAGCGAGUCUCCGAUUCCGAACGAGUCACACUUACCAGUUGAAGAGACAAUACUUCGAGAUAGUCCAUUGCCAGCAGAGUUAUCCCUGCCAUCGGAAUCGCCCCUCCCAGAGGAUACACUGCUGCAAGCAGAAACUGUACAAGUUAGCGAAUCCCCAAUGCCAGGAGAUUCCCCAUCUCCAUUACCAAGUGAGGUAAUUCCACCAAAAGAGUCGCCACUACCAAUCGAGUCUGAAGCGCCUAGAGAAUCUCCUAUGCCAGUUGAUACCUUGCAACCCGCUGAGUCUCCGCUUCCUGCACACUCGCCACUACCUACAGAGUCUGAGGUAUUGCGCGAAUCUCCGAUGCCUAGUAAAUCACCACUGCCCAGUGAACCCGUGUUACUUAGUGACUCCCUAGCGCCGAGCGAGUCUUUGCUGCCAGCUGAGUCCCCAUUGCCUGCAGAAUCUCCUCUACCGAGCGAGUCACCGAUACCCAGUGAACUUCCAGUCACAGAAGAACCUGCUCAACCAGUUGAAACAGAGGUCAUCGAAACUAUCGCCGACGCCGCCCUCGCCGCGUCUCCGGUACCUGCCGCGUCCCCGGUACCUGCCGCGUCCCCGGUACCUGCUGCCGCGUCCCCAGUUCCUGCCGCGUCCCCGCUGCCGGCUGACGUGCCCCUGCCGCGGGAGUCCCCGCUGCCCGCGCAGUCCCCACUGCCCGCAGAGUCCCCUGCGCCUCUGGAGCCCGAGUGUCCCGCGCCUGCGGAGCCUGUGGCAGUGUCGCCCGCCCCGGCCGAGCCCCGCGCAGAGUCUCCAGUGCAGCGCGCCGCCUCGCCUGUAUUGUCUGCCGCGCCCGCGCCCGACCUACUACCCGAAGAGCCCGCACCACACUCUCGCCUCGAGCUCGUUACUGAUGUCGAUAUCGGUAUACCAGAAUCUAGGGCACAAGAAAUUUGUGUGCCUGUCACUAGUGAGAUUCAGCUUGAAGAAGCAGUGCAACCUCCCGCGGCCGCCACGCCGCCGCCCACGCCGGCCGUAGAGCCCGCCGCGCCGCUCAGUGACACGCCCAUGGCGGCCGACACAGCAUCCCCGGCCGCCGACGUAGCAGUCGCAGCCGCCGCUGUCGCUGCCGUCGGUGCCGCCGCCGCCGCCGCCGGCGUCGCUGCCGUCAAAGCUAAACCUACAGCCACGAAGAAGUCGCCCACGACCCCCACAGCUAAAACGCCCAGGGCUGCACCCAAGUCGGCCACACCGGCUCGUACUCCUACAGCCACUACUCCUGCACCAAUAAAGAGGCCAAGCACUGCGACUACUACUGCGCGGACGCCAACUACCAAGGCACCCACACCUGCGGCUAAGGCACCUUCUGCGGCUAAGACGACGAGCGCGACUAAGUCCGCCACCCCCGCCAGCAAGCCCGCCACCCCCAGCGCCCGCAGCGCCCCCGCCGCGCGCACCACGCCGGCCAGCAAGGCGGCUCAGAAGACAGACGCAGCCCCCAAGCCUGCAGCGCCCCGGGCCGCGGCCCCGCGCCCCGCGCUGUCGGCCGCCAGGUCCCAGCCUAAGCCGGCAGACAAGAAGCCAGUACCAAAUGGUGACGUGAAAGACUCCAAGCCGGCCGCUCGCCCUGCGGCCCGGCCGGCCCCCGCCGCGCGCCCCGCGCCGCGCCCUACUCCCCGCGCCCCCGCCGCACCGGCCGCACCCACUACUAGGCCGAGUGCCCCUAAGCCGGCGCCGCGUGCUCCCCUGGACAAGCAGAGCAAAGACCUCGCUAACAAACGCAUCACAGCCAAGGCAGCACCGCCUAGGACUGCUCCCCCUAAAACAACGACAACAGGCCAGAAGAAGGCCGUUACGAAGAGAACAACAGAGACAGUGAAGAAGGAGGUGGUCUCGAACGGCCUGGCUAACGGCGACGCGGCCCUGAGCAAGCCGCCGCCGAGCCCGCCCGCCGCCGACAACGCACUGUUGCCUGACGUCAUCGCGUAGGCGCGAUACAACAAACGAUUCCUAUUAUUUCCGCUUGAAUUUUGUGAUUUUCUAUAAGUGUAUGAUAGUUUUAACGUCGUUCGUGGCGGCGAGUCGUUAGGUGCGGGAGUUUGCUCCCACUUUUAUAUUAUAGAGUCGCUUUUUAUAGACGUGUACGUUGCCGAUUCGUUGUACGCGGAGCGGGGCGAGCGGCCACGAAGCCGCGGCCACUCGCCCCGUUCCGGCUUUAAACGGUUAUUAUCCAUUAUAAUGAUUAUAAGUCUGUUUUAGAAUUUUAUAUUACCAACGAAUGAUUGAUUAAAUCUGGCUUUUAAUUUAUUUUCUUUGUAUAACCGUAUUAUUUAAAUAAAAUGUGAGGAAGGACUGAGACAUUGUUUUAUUUAUGAGUAAAUAAAUUUUAUUACACCGGACACAGUGAAUGAUAUUGAGACACGAUUGGAAUUAACAUUGUUUACUUAUUGCUAGUGCUUUCUUUGAAAUUUCAAAGUCAAUGUAUACUUAAAAUAUGGUGUUACAAAGAAAACUGGAACAUAGUAUGUUACUUAAAUAAAUGUUUAUCACCCUU